AUGCUUGCAAAUCCCUUAUUUCCAAGUGGCAUUAAAAAGUUGUAUAAUGAGGGUAGAGUGAUAUAUGAAUUUAGUAUUCUAUCAUGGCUUACAAAAAAGACUUCAUUCUUUGCCCUUGAAGUUAGCACUCGUGCCUAUCAAGAUCUGUAUGGUAGGAAUGGAAUAGUACAUUCUGAACUUGGUGUUAUUUUGACUAAAGUCGAUGGAUUUAGUUUUAUUAAUUCUUGA